UCAGUGUGCUUUGGCACAGGCAGUUUUACUGCCUUUGUGCUACAAAGCCACACUGAACAAGAUAAUGAAUCCUCUGCGUAUUCAAACAGUCAUUUUACACUGAGUUCCUCCUCGUCAGCUGUUUGUCUCCCGUUUCCAUGUUAAAUAAAGUGCUGAGUCAUUCUUAACUCCUCCCACAGAGGUGACACUCUGUAAGAAGCGCGUCCUCCGUGACUCAGCGACUAACGGCUGCAGCGAGUCCAUCUCCUGUAAGCCUCCUAUGGGACGCCCCCCUGCGGUGCCCCCCGGUGGCCUCCUGGUCCGAAGGAGUGAGGUCUGCCUCUCCACCUUCUACAAAGAAUGUGCUGAGUCGGCCGACUCAGAGCCGGACUGCAGCUGCCAGCCGGCGGAGAGAGACGGCAGACUUGCAGGGACGAAAGACUCUGCCGGCAGAAAUAAAGUCGUAGACGAGAACUCCAACAACGUCUCGACCCCGAGCCGAGGAAGUCUGGCUGGGAAACUCCAGCAGCUUCUGACUCCAACGAGACACAGAAUGUCUGUUAGAAGAGCAGCUAGCGUAGACGACCGGAGAGGAAGAGGAGGAGGAAGUGGGAUAGGACGAAGAGUCUCUGAACAGAGGCAGUCCAGGAAGGCUCAAGUGGCUGAAACUCUGCUGAAAGCCAAAGAGAGGCUCGUCAGCGCCACCUCAGAGAGUUCGUUGUCCGUAGGAAGUGACCUGGACUUGACGGACACGCCCUAUCCAGCCUUUCCCAUACGCCGGUCCUGGGAUGCCAACCAAGAGGGGACGGGCCUCGAGGUGUUGAUGUCCAGCUGCUCCCUGUGUCGCAGCUGUAACUCGUUGGUCUACGACGAGGAGAUCAUGGCCGGCUGGACUUCGGACGACUCCAACCUGAACUCGUCCUGUCCGUUCUGCUGCUCGUCCUUCGUCCCCUUCCUGAACGCUGAGGUCUGUGACCUGGGACCUGUCGGCAGUGCGGAGCGCACCAACUGGAACGUGGAGGAUGAGGUGGAGGGCGCUGUGAGGCCCCCCGGUGGUCAGGAGGCCUCUCUGCGAAACCAGUGUAACGGUGUGAGUGAAGACUCCAGCUCUGAGACCAGCAGCUACUCAGAGAACAGCAGAACCACCACGGCUUCCUCUGUGGGCGGAGCCCCCCAGGUGACGGUGGCCUACCUGAGCCCUCUGGUCCUGAGGAAGGAGCUGGAGAGUCUGCUAGAGAACGAGGGCGAGGCGGUCCUGGCCCAGCCUCAGUUCCUGGAAAACCACUCCAUCAUCUUCUGGAACCUGGUGUGGUAUUUCCAGCGCCUCGGUCUGCCCAGUAAUCUGCUGCAGCUGGUCAGGGCCUCGCCACUGGUCAGCCAGUUCUUACAGUCGGAGAACUCGGCUGUGAGAGUUCGGCUCCUCUGGGACACCUUGACCCCCGACACAGACCAGUGGCCCCCCCUCUACAUCCUCUGGAGGAUCCACAGUGGCAUCCCGAUGAGGAGCUACAGCUGGCGGAGACACAACCACCCGUUCACGCUGUCCUUCCUGGAGGAGGUGCUGCGCUGGAUCGGCAUGAACGAGGUGCACAAGGCUAUCACCCUCUUCCUGGAUACGCUGGACAAACAGCUGGGCUCCGCCUGGACUCAGAGGAGUUUGUACAGAGAGUUCCUCUUCCUCACCCUGGCAGCUAUGGGCAAAGACAACGUUGGUAAGACUGACUCACACCUCAUCCUAACAAAGCUUUUAAGAGCAAUAACACAAAAUCACUCUGGUGAGCACACGUCACACAUGAACUGUGAAAGGAAUAGAACCAUGUUCAAUACAAAGCUACAGCCAGCAGCUGCCUAGCUUAGCUUAGCUUAGCAUAAAGACUGGAAACAGUGAGCGAUUCAGGGUUCAGGUUCUCACUCAAGGACACUUCAACAUGCAGACCUUAGGAGCCACCUUCUCUCUCACAAUCCCCGUCACUGUUACGUCUAUAAAAUGGAAGUUCACCAGUUCAGUGACAUUUAACAACAUAACAAAUUAAUUUAUCAACACUUGAACGGCUCGUAGUAAGAAUGCAGCAUCAGAAGAGUCCUCCAGCGGGUAGACCUGGUGGACUUUGUGCGAGAACGAAAAUGUGUUUAUUUUCUGGAGAAAUCAGAAAUGUUUUUUAACAUCAGAUUAUUUUAAUAUAAGAUGAUAUAGAUAGAUUGAUGGUGGAAGCACUGAUGCAGAACGAGCUCGCCAUCACCGACCUCCGGCAUCGAGCCAGUGAAGCUUACCGACGACGUCGGUAACAUGUCGCUUUAUUAGGUUUGAAUUCAUGUUCAUACAGUUAAUGAAGCUCUUUAAAGUGACUGUGAAGCAGCCUUGGUGUUUAAUCUCAGGUCUCAUAUUAACGGGUCUGGGUUUGACUUAGAGUUUGGUGAUUGGUAGGAAGUUGGUCAAAACAAAGAUGGAGACAUCGGAGAAAGAAAUCAGAAAUGCACCGUCCGCGUUUAAAUCAGACGUCUGUACUUAUUUUGGAUUUUUUAACAAGGAAGGGAAGAUGGACAUGGAUGUGACCCAUGGAUGUGACGCAUGGAUGUGACGCAUGGAUGUGACACCGUCGUGGCGUUUUUUCACCGACACAGCCGUGCCUAAACUCUACAGAAGUGAAGCUUAAAGUUGAGGAGUCUUCGAGUACAGCAGAAAGAGUUGCAUUAACUUGCGAUGCGUGGACGUCAAGCGCAGUGGAUUCCUAUGUGACUAUAACAGCACAAUAUCUCAGAGGACUGGCGACUGCUGUCUCUCGUUCUCCAAACUAGAGCAGUACACGUAAGUCACAGCGGGGCAAACAUUACAGACCUCCUGCUAAAUGCAGCACAAGAAUGGGGGAUUGCCGACAAAACCCUGGUGGUUGUAACAACACUUCUAACGUGAGCGUUGCCGUUCAGUUAGCGGGAUUCCUGCAUGUGAAGUGUUUCGCUCACAUGCUCAAUCUGGCCUCACAACGGGGUUAAUCUGCCAACAGUAG